UGCCGUGUGAGAUUCAAGGAUGGCGCGGAAAUGGUUCCAGCUCGUGGGCGAAGAUGGGAACGCGGUGACGUCGGCGACUUCUGUUGCCGUGGAUGUUGAGGAUGUGGAUACUUUGCGGGAUGCGGUGAAGGAGAAGUACAAGGACAGUCACCUCGCCGGGAUUGCUGCGUCCGACCUCACAGUGUUCGCAGUGACGCAGGAGGGGAAGAAGGCGUUGGAGGAAGAUUCACCCAUUGGGUCGUAUGGUGCUACAAAGAAGGAUGCGCUCGUCGUGCAAGUGCCGCAGCGCGCAGUUGAGGAUUCUGACUAUUUUAUCUCCCUCCAUGUACAAGAGCAAGUCGAAACGGCAGUAUUUGUGAUCGUGGAAGAAGACGACAACGGCGUUGGAAUGGGUGUGUUCAAGGGUGUUGGAAUGGGUGUGUUUUUCAGCCCGACGCUAGCGGUGACAUGCGACCACAAUUUAACGGAGGAAUACACUGUGGGAAGCGUGGUGUCUUUGGCGUUGAAGGACGAGAUGGCAAAUGUUGUAGUUGUUGCUCGCAAUUCUGAGCUGGACUUCGCGAUCCUGAAGUCGUCUUCUCCGAGAUCAUUUGUUCCUCCGUGGAAUGGAAAUCCGGAUCACCUGAGAGGACGCCGUCUUGUGUUGGCAUCGUUUCGACUCGGGAUUGCAGAAUACGAUUCGACCAAUGAUCAACUGGGAUUUGCUCCGGCAUUCGGCGUCUGCGUCACGCGUCACAAACGGCACAUCACGUAUAAUUGCGAAACCUACGCUGGAGAUUCUGGUGCAGCACUUCUCAUCAAGGAUGGAUGUCUUGUUGGUAUCCACCAGGAAACAGUCAAUGCACUCCGCGAAGAGCUUGACCGCAAGAAAGUCAUCAAGGAUCGUUUGACCGAUGUGGAGGAGUCUCUGGACAACAUUGCGAGAAGCGGACUAGCGCAAGGCUGCUCAGGUCUUUUGGUUCAUGAGUUCAAGAACGUAGUUAGCGAGUAGUGCGAAUUGAUGAGUUCAUAAAUUAAUGGCACAUCUCAGUCAUG